CCAGAGGCAGGGGGUUGGCAGGGGGGACUCUGACAGUUGUAAUGGAUUUUAUCAGAAUUUCUCCAAAGGCCGACUAUUUUGUCUUCAAUUAUUAAUGCUUUUCUGAGGGGUUUCCCUCCCUCCCUUUCUGUGAGUGUUACAAAGCUGGAAUCUACAACAGAAAAUUUUCGUUAGACUCAAUGAGUCCUUUUAUUCUUGUGAAAAAGGUAUCCUGUCACUGACACACCACUGGAAACUUAAGCUGGAUAAUUCAGAAAAAAGAUUAUGGCAGAAGAGGUCUCAAAGUACAUAAAGCUUCUACCAUACAUUGAAAAACAACCCCUUUUGGAUUAUGAAUUUGAAUGUCACUAAACUUGUUUGAAGCACGUAGUGCAUUGAAAGUUUUGGAUAGUGGCAGAACGAUCAACUAUGCAUCAUCUCUUUGGGCUUGUUUUGGGACAAAAGGAUCUUUCGCGUGCAGGGGACCUGUUCUCCUUAGACGAUUCUGAAAUAGAAGGAUGUCUUUCAGAAGCUCUCGAGCAAAUAAAAAUCAUUAGUUCAUCUCCAGACUACCAAACUAAUGACAAUGAUCAGGCAGUUGUGGAGAUCUGCAUCACUCGAAUCACCACAGCCAUCAGAGAGACAGAAUCCAUAGAGAAACAUGGGAAAGCCCUAGUUGCUCUUUGGGAGUCAUGCCUAGAGCACAAUCUGAAACCUUUAGGAAAAGAUGAAGACACACCCCAUGCAAAGAUAGCAUCUGACAUUAUGAGCUGCAUUUUGCAGAAUUAUAAUCGACCUCCCAUCAUGGCAUUGGCUGUCCCAGUGGCAGUGAAAUUUCUCCAGAGGGGUAAUAAAGAACUGUGCAGAAACAUGUCCAGUUAUCUCUCCCUUGCUGCAAUUAGUAAAGCAGAUCUGCUAGCUGAACACACAGAAACAAUUGUAAAAAGUGUCUUGCAAGGGAAUUCCAUGCUGCUACGUGUAUUGCCCUCUUUAUAUGAUAAACAAGUGCAGCCAAUUAACAGCCACUUGAGAGAGCUGGUAGCAUUGAUGUCUCAUCUGGAACAACCUGAACAGCACCACCUCUUACGGCUUUUGCUGAUAGUUGCAAAGAAAAAACAACCAGAGGUGCUCAAAGAAUGUAUUCCCUCUCUAAUUGGUCACCUAAGAGAUCCCCAUCAUAAUGACAUCAUCCUAAAUAUACUGAUAGAAAUAUCAGACUAUGAACCAGAAGUAUUGGCCAACUUGCUUCCUAUACUGAAAGAGACUGGGGAGAGUUUCCCAAGUCUGAUUGGACAAACAGCAAAGAUCUAUGGAGCCGUUGGACAUGUUGAUGAGGAAAGAGCCCGAAUCUGCCUCAUCUACUUGGUUAAUCAGCUGGCCAACAUGGAACAUUCAUUCCACCACAUCCUUUUGUUGGAGAUCAAGCACAUCACGGACACCUUCUCCAAUAUCCUAGGCAUCCAGAGCAGAGACAUUUAUCGUAUGAGUAACAGCUUCACUGCCAUCGCUAAACUUCUCAUCCGACAGCUGGAAAAUGACAGUACCUCUGAGAGCAGGGUAGAAGAUGUUGCUGAAACAGAAUCUCCUUCACAGCUGGAUGAUUUAAAAUCCGUUAUGAGUGCGAAUGAAGAGGAUGAAAAGCUUCAAGUUAAAAUACAAGCUUUUGAAGAGAAAAUAAACACCGACAGCAGUACUCCUGGCUCUGUACGCAGGUAUAGUCUAGGCCAGGUUUCUAAAGAAGAAAGGAAGGACAUGAGGUUUAACAGGUCUAAAAGUCUAGCUUUGCAUGCUGUUCGUAUGAAGGGAGCUCAUUUGGACAACGGACAAGAGAUGGAGAAUGGAGAUGUUACAGCCGGCAUCUCUUUCACAGAUAUCUAUCUGAGCCAAGAAGCUGACAACAAAUUGCCUUCCAGUGCAGGUACUGAAGAGUCGCAGCUGGAACAACCUUCACUUUCGCACCCAAGUAUCAAAUGUACAGAACCAGAGAAUCUGCCAGAGCCUGUUACAGAAAACUGCCAUGAAGGGAGCCCGAAGACAAUAAAGAAUCCUGUGGAGUAUCAAGAUAAGCUUUACUUUCACUUAAAGGAAAAUCUCUCUAAAGUGAAAGCAUAUGUCAUGGAGAUGGGGAGGAAAAUUCCUCUCCCAGAUGAGUGUAUUAUAGAAGAUACUGUUAGAAGUUGUGUAGCAAAGUUGUUCUUCAGCUGUCCCCUGAAAGGUCAUUACUGCCUGUACAGUAAAUCCAGUUUUACUCUCAUCAGCCGACAGCCUCAACUUUGGAUCCAUAUCAUGUUUCUCUUUCAGCAGAGCUUGUUCCCAGAACCUUUAUCCAUGCAAAAUAAUUCUGUGCAAGUGUUGAAAGCCUUAUGGGAAAAAACCCAGCUGAAGGGAACACACAGCUUUGAAACAGCAAUGGUUCAAUCUACCUUUCCACACCAGAAGGAUCUGGACCAUGUACAAAUACAUCUGGAAGAAGUGAGAUUCUUUGAUUUAUUUGGUUACAGCGAGGAAGCAGGGACUUGGCAGUGUUUCAUGUGUAAUAAUCCUGAAAAGGCAACAGUUGUGAAUCAAGACGGCCAACCCUUGAUUGAAGGCAAGCUGAAGGAAAAGCAAGUCCGGUGGAAGUUCAUCAAAAGGUGGAAGACUCGCUAUUUCACGCUUGCUGGUAAUCAACUUCUCUUUCGCAAAGGAAAAUCUAAAGACGACCCUGAUGACUGCCCCAUUGAGCUCAGUAAGGUCCAGAGUGUCAAAGUGGUGGCCAAAAAGCGCAGAGACCGCAGCCUUCCUCGGGCCUUUGAAAUCUUCACGGACAGCAAGACGUACGUUUUCAAGGCCAAGGAUGAAAAGAACGCGGAGGAGUGGCUGCAGUGCAUUAAUGUAGCAGUCGCACAAGCUAAAGAAAGGGAAAGCAGAGAGGCGACCACGUACUUGUAAGAACAACUGGGGGGCUGUUUAUGUUCCUUACAAUGCUUUUCCGGCGCAAAACAUCUCAUCAUCUGAACCGCACAAGAAAAAGGUGGAACGACCAGACCUAAUUGAUAAUAUUAUACAAGUUGUAAACUGUUACAACAUUUCUCAUGUACAGGGCAUGUGGGAAAGUGGUGCAUCCAAGACCAUGUUCACAAUAGUUCCUUCUGUUUAAUGAACACACUUACCCUCUGCCUUGUUGUAUGUUUGUGCAUGGGAUCCUUUCCAGGGUUGUGUCCACUGCAUCCCCUCCCAGAAUAUCUCGGCCCGCUACGAAAAGAAGAACUGCUUUCUGUCUAGAAAGCCCACUGAAGAAAGCAGUACUGGGUUAUCCUUACAUGGAUUCACUGACUGUGCCCUUAUUUCAGAGGACAAAAGAAAAGUGGACAUAAAGCAUGUAUGGGCAGUACAGAAGGAAGGUCUUGCUCCUGAGAAAUACCUGCAAAAAUGCCGAAUGUCGUUUGCCUUUGGGCCAGAUCUACACCUUGUGUCAAAGCAUCACAAUCCUGUCAUUGUAACACUGUAUCCAUCUUGCACAUUUAUACCUCAUAGGACACACAAUGACAGUUGUUGCAGUAUUUUGGCUAAUAUAGAAUAAAAAGCAGGAAAUAACACUGUGAAAGCAGUAUGUGGAAUGUGCCCCAAUAGUUAUCAGUGCACUUCAAUACUGCUAUAAAGCAGUAGUGUAGAUCUAGCCAUGUGUAAUAGAAAUGUGUACAUUUGUGCAAAGUGACACAAUCACUGGACCCCUACUUUAUACAGGCUGUACCAGGCUGUUAGCUCUGCUGAUAAAAGACAAGCAUGAACUAUGAGCAUUGUGAGAUGACAUGUGUAUAGCAUUACUGCCAUUUGACUUCCAAGUUGUCUUUACAGAGCACCCAGAUCAUAUCCAUGGCUUUUGUUACCUUUCCAGUAGCAGUUUAACCACACUGCCUUUCAAACCACUUUGAUUGCAUUUGGGGUGGAUGUAGGAUUCCACGCUUUGUACAUGCACCCUGGAUAUGGCAGUUUCUAUAUUUUGUCCUGCUACCAUACUGCAUCUCCUGCUGGCCAGCCAUUUAUCUACGCCUCCAGCCUUCCACACUGACCCAACUUAAAUGAAGAUGGGUUGCUCUAGAAGUAUUUUCCCAUUCUAUACUAAUGGGACAUAUUAUUGAAGUUAUCCUACUUAAACUAGACUGGAAGUAAGCCCAGUGAUUUGAUAUUAGUUGCAGCCUUGUGAAUAACACAGAAUAAGUUGCUUGCUUUGCUUUAGAUUAUAAAAGCACUGGCGUUAGGCUGAAUUUUCCAUGUAUUUUGCUAUGCAAUGUGUCACAGAGCAUGUAAAACAUAGGACUUAAACCAGUACAAUCAUAGAAUCAUAGAAUAGUAGAGUUGGAAGGGGCCUAAAAGGCCAUCAAGUCCAACUCCCUGCGCUAUGCAGGGGUCCACCUCAAAGCAUCCUUGAGAGGUGGCUAUCCAGCUGCAUCUUGAAUGCCUCUAGUGUGGAAGAGCCUACUACCUUCCUAGACAAUUGGUUCCAUUGUCAUACUGCUUUGACAGUUAGGAAGUUUUUCCUGAUGUCCAGCCGGAAUCUGGCUUCCUGUAACUUGAGCCCAUUAUUCCAUGUCCUGCACUCUGGGAUGAUCGCGAAGAGAUCCUGGCCCUCCUCUGUGUGGCAACCUUUCAAGUAUUUGAAGAGUGCUCUCAUGUCUCCCCUCAGGCUUCUCUUCCCCAGGCUAAACACGCCCAGUUCUUUCAGUCUCUCCUCAUAGGGCUUUGUUUCCAGACCCCUGAUCAUCCUCGUUGUCUGAAGCAUUUACUGAACCUGCUUCCAUAGAGGCCAAUGCAGCAAACUCCUAAAGCAGAGAUACAAACCAGCUCUGGACACCCACCUGUGUCCUGUGUCAGGUGUGUUCAAUCACCUCCAGCUCUUACUAAUGUACAAAGCUGCUGGUACCAGUAAUGAACACACAGCCUAAUGUCCAAGACUCCCCCAAAACCUUAUAAGAUUUAACUGGUCUUGCAGCUAUUUCCUAAAUUCAGACCUUUGCUAGUCUGCAGGACCUCAGAAACAUUAUGGCUGGAUUUACUUCUUCUGGCACUUUGUUAGGAAAGAACAUUGGUAACAUUGGUGUGUCUUUCUGCUGGAAAAGACUCAUCAGAGUCCAGAGAAGCCUUUUAUCCCAUCAGCAUUGCUGCAAUGUUGUUUGGGGUUAAGGGGGCAGCCCUUUUGCCUGAAAGUAUGUCAGAACUCAGUCACAAUUUUAGUGUCAUAAUGAUUUUUAGUUUGCUGUCGACACCAGGCUGGAAGCUUUUGUGCCUGAUUCCUAUAUGUUAUAGCACCUUCAUUAUGAUUAUGUUAACUCAUUGUAUUUACAUUUUAACCGCUUUACCUUUAUCCCCCACUAAAACAAAGUUUGAGUAUGUAAGCUUGAGUAUUUGCUCACCCCUGUGCCUUGAUAGCCUUGUAUCUUCCUCCUUUCUCUGUCUCGGUGAUUUUACAUUGUAAGCUCUCUGAGGCAAGGUUCGGAAUUCUUGCUUAUGAGCAUUGUAAAGCACCAUAUAUAUUGAUGGUGAACAACAACAGCCGCAAUGUAAUUUAUGGUAUGAGGCAAUCAAGUAGAGUUUCAUAAGCAAUAAAAGGAGGCCUAUGCAUGUAAGGGGCUUACGAUGCCUAAUAGAUGUAUGUCUAGAUGGGGGACAAAAGGGAAAAGAUGAGAUCUCAACGUGCACAAAACGAUGAGUUUUUAAAUAUUUGUUUCAUCUUCAGCAUACUGAACAACUGUUCUCAUAAAAACAAAACAAAAGAUGAUCCACUUUUGGCAAUACUUUUAUUAGGACCAACCAAAAUGCCAUGAAAAUUGUUUAAGCUUUCAAGCCCCACAGAAAUUUUCAUCAAGCUAAGUGGUAAACAAGCAAACAAACAAACAAAUAUGGAAAGAAUAAUUUUUUUAAAAAAUAGGCCAGAUAGUGGCCCAGUUUAAAACAUCACCAUGGUUUAAACAACAGGGCAUGGGUUAAUUGAGGGUUGUUUCCUCCUCCAACAAGCCAUGCCACUUGGUUCGGAUGACACAACAAGCUCUGCCCAGGUGGGUAAUUAGACAAGUGACACUCAGCACACACCACAGUUUAAACAAGCCAUCGUGGCCAUGAGGUCAUGUCUCAAACUGGAGAUUGCACACUGAAUGAAUUAGUCAGUGAUAGGUGUUGUAAGUGUUCUUCUAAGCGCAUUACAUUAUACAAAUGGUCAGUGUUCUUUUUUGUAACGCUCCUGAAGAAGUGUACUUCAAAACAUGUUGGACCUAAUAAACCAUGUUUUGUGUAUCUUUAAGAUUUCAUCUCCUCCUCUCCACCCAGUACUCCUUCCUUCCUUCCUUCCUUCCUUCCUUCCUUCCUUCCUUCCUUCUGUCCUUCCUUUUUUUGUUUUUUUGUUUUGUUCUUUAAGAUGGGGGACAUACAACAAACCAGAUAACUUAGAGUGUUGGAUUAACCAUGCCAUUUGUAAUGAACAGAGAAGCUAAA